GACCAGAGAUUAGGGUUCCGCUUCUACUCGUGCGUGCGCCCAGCCAGCGGCGCCGGGGCCGGGCCGGAGCCGGGGCCGCCCCCGCCGGCGGCUGAGGGCGAGCCGCGCCCGCUGCGCUGCAGCCCCGCAGCAGCCCCCGGCUGCGCCUGCAGCGAGGAUCGGGGGCGGCUGUAGCCCCUCUCCCGCCCCGUCCUGCUCUGCUCUACCCGCUGGCCGCUGCCUUCCGCGCCCCACACGGGUCACCCGGGGCAGCAGGGCAGCUCCUCCUCCAUGCGCCGCGGCUACCCGCAGCGUUCGCGCCCGGCUGCCCGGCGGAGCGCGCCCUCCCCGCCGGGCGCGGGGGGCAGGAGGAGGCGGUGCCGUGAGGGGCCCGGCGGAAGAUGCCGGUGGGCGGCGGCGGGGCUGCGAGGCCCCUCGGCGGGGCGCGCUCCCUCAGCCCAACCGUGCUGUCCCGCAGCCUGUCCCGCUUGCGCGAACAUCGCGCCCGCUCGCGGGCCAUGCUGGCCCUGGGUGUCACGCAGAUGGUGCUCGGCUGCCUCAUCGUGGCCGUCAGCUUCGCCGCCCUGGCGCUCACCACUUCGGCCCGCGUCCGCCACUCCUGCCCCUUCUGGGCCGGUUUCUCGGUGCUGUUGUCAGGAUUGAUUGGUGUUGUUUCAUGGAAGAGACCCCUUUCACUUGUGAUAACUUUUUUCAUGCUGCUGUCUGCAGUGUGUGUAAUGCUGAAUUUGGCUGGUUCCAUUCUCUCUUGUCAGAACGCUCAGCUGGUAAAGUCCCUGGAAGGAUGUCAGUUGAUUAAAUUUGACAGUGAUGGGGUCUGUGUUUGCUGUGAAAUGCAACAUCAAACAUCAGGCUGCAGUAACUUGGGAGAAACACUGAAACUGAAUCCUCUGCAGGAGUGUAAUAUUGUGAGGCUGACCCUAAAGGACCUGUUGUUCAGUGUGUGCGCUCUCAAUAUCAUCUCCACCAUUGUCUGUGCUUUGGCAACAGCAAUGUGUUGCAUGCAGAUGGUUUCUUCUGAUCUUCUGCAAAUGCAGGAUGAUAUCAUACAGUUUCUGCCACAGAGACCACAUUCUACCAAUCCUGACUGCAUGACUCCCCAUGGAACUAUCCUGCAUCAAACCCUGGAUUUUGAUGAGUUCAUACCACCAAUACCACCUCCACCCUACUAUCCACCAGAAUAUACCUGCACACCAGUCAUAGAAGCACAGAGAAGUCUCCAUUUGGAAUUUCCUCAUUCCCCAUUCAGUGGUUUAUAUGAAGUAACCAUUAACAGCCCAGGAAUGCUGUAUCCAACUGAGCUGCCCCCACCUUAUGAGGCAGUGAUUGGAGAGACACCUGCCAGCCAGGUUACUGCUCGUGAUCAGCAAGUAUCCGAAUCAAGCUUGGGAGAGAGGAACAUCACCCUGGACUUCAGCACACAAGUUUCUGUUGCAAGCACCUCUUUGAUGGUCUCCGAGGCUGCUGGUAUCCCAGAGCAUAGCUGCUCCUCUGAAGAUCUUUGUUCGCUGGAAGUUCAAGGAUCUCUUCAUUCUGCAGAUCUUUCUCCCUACUGUACAACCCCCAAAGGAGCUACAGACCAGCACCGCAGCACUCCUGAUUAUGGCACCCACUGCAAGUUCCACAGAACUCCCUCAGAGAGCUUUCCUGAUGAGGAUGACAGUUCCCACAGCCGAGCCUCUACAGACAGGUCUCAAGGACAGGAAAAGAACUGUGCCUGUGGCAGGUCCUUAAACUGUUCCUCAGAGAAUUUCAGCCUCUCAGAAAGAGAACUGCAGAGUUCUGCUCAAGAGAGCAAUGCCAUGCCACCUUUGAAACAGAAGAAAAUCUACUGUGCAGACUUUAGCCAGCAUCCUGUCACUUCCCAGACCUCUCCCUGUUUUGAUCCUGCAAAUACUUCAUCAUACGCUAGCAGCCAGGAGGGUGCUGUCCAGCAGCAUCCCAUUACAAAACACCAGAUUUCAAGUAUCGUCCGGUCAGCUAGUGACCCUGUGUCAUGCUCCUCUUACACAGCAGGUGAUAAUUGUGCUUGGACUCCUGUAUGUAGCCAGUUUCCAGAUGCAGGACUGUCUCCAGCUACAUUAGAAACAGUUCCUGUUUCUGGUUCUCAUAUGGCUGCCUCUGCUUGUCAGCAUUCUUUGAGCAGUUUCCUACCAACUGGAAAACAGAGGGAUACAAGGAAAACUGAUCUACACCUAAAGCCAAAGGCUUUGCACACAGCCUCAAAAGAGCGACCACAUUCUUUAGUGGACCUUAAAGCCUAUAAAGACACAAAAAUUUUAGUGGCAAAAUUUCUGGAACAUUCAAACUGUAAUCUCCCUCCAGAAGUACGUCAUGUAGUGAACAGCAUACGAUCAGUAAUAAAAUGUGAUGAGAAACACAUGGAAGAAGCCAUCUUCAGUGCCAAUAUUAUAGACCAGGUAAUUACAAGUUCCCAGCAGAAUGUGAAUACCUCUAGAAAGCGACUUCAAGAAGAUCUUCAUCUUCAGAGCUGUGGUGCUCUAAGCUCUCCAGUUGCCUUCUUAAGUAGGUCCCACAUCACUCGCAGUUCUGAGCGGGACAGGCCUCACAGUUUAAUUGGAGUGUGCCGGGAGACCAUCCUUUGAGAACGCUCGCAGGUAUGUGAUUCCAGCAAAGAGCAGUAAGGAAGAAACCAGGACUGGGAGAAAUACAAGUAAUGGAUGACUUAAAAAGGAAAAAGUGUCUUCCUUUGGAAUUCCACUUUUUUCCAACAGCAGGAGGAGAACACUUAUUUUUCUGAAUGUAAAUUUCAGCCCUGAUUUUUUCAAAAUUUUAGCUGAUUUACUAGUAAAGUCAUAACAAACAUUUUCCCAACCACAAUUCACUGUACUUAAAGAAAUACUACUGAUGCUGCCUGGCAUUUCUUGCAAAGUAUUGCAAACCCACCAGACACCUGCUGUACAACUUAAAGGUUGUAUUUAUUUAAUGUACCUCAAAGUGUUUUAACUAUUAUCAGUGUUUUAAUAAAAAGUACUUCCUGACUUUGCUUUUUUCCCACAACUGAUUUGGAUAGAAAUGUAAAGUUGAUUCAUAUGCACAUCCAGUGCUGCUUCUAAUCCAUUCUUCCAGUAUCCUUCUAUCCAGGAUAACUGAUCUGUCCUAUUAAAGCUGGCCCCCUCCCCUCACAAAUGCAUUGCCCUUUUAAGUUACAGUAAUGGCUGCAGUGUGGUUUAUGUUUGCUGUUUCUGAGUGCUCAUGAGUAGCCUCUGCUGUUGAGAACUGACCUUUAAGUACUCUGGAAAUGGUGACCAAAAGAUACUUAAUGAAAUUCUGCAUUUCCAAAAAGAAUAUUCCACAAACUUUUUACAAAUGCCAACUGAUAGAAAGUUAGAUGAAUUUUUAUCUCAGAGCCUUGAACAUUUUUUUCCAAAGGAAUUGUUAUUCUAAUUAGUAGUUUUGAUGACUGCGUUACUAAAAUGUGUCCUUGUGGUUCUUGCUGCAUUUAUGAUUCAUUUAACAUUGAUCAUAAAAAACAAUCCAAAAGUAAAUAUAAUUGACACUGAUUUGAUUACCAGCAUAAACACAGGUCUGCCAGCAACAUCUUCCAGUGCAAGCUUCAUCCUGGCUCUCCCAGAGGAAAUUGGAAAGGCCUUAAACAAAAGGUUCUUAUCAAGAACCUGCCACAGGUUGAUGUUUCAGGGUUUUAAUUUUUUGCUUGUCAGUAGCAUUAGUUUCCAUUUGUGGUUUAAUCAUGUACUGGUUUCAUUUGUGUCACUCAGAGCUGGGCAGACACCCUGUGAAAAGGUCACAAAGGAAUGUAGCUGAAGAUGGGUAGUUUAAGUUUUAAAGAAUCAUCUCUUUUAAUGUAUUUAAUUAUGGCAUGCUUCUGUAUUGAUUUGAGGUUACAGUGACAUUCAGCGGCAACAAGGUUUGCUAAUUUAGCACAUCUACUCUCAAGAUAAUAAUGAUACACCAAUUCCUUAUUCAAGAGAUCAGUUUCUUUUAGAAAAAAUAGUCUGUGACCUCUGCAACUGCACUUAGAUGAAGAAUUAAAUGAUUUGCUACUUGGCUGUCAUAUUACGUAAACUUACACCACAAACAAAAUAAGCAAGCUUCCUUUAUUAUUUCGGAUUUAUUGGUGAUGGUAGGUUAAUUCUUUCCUAAGGUCAGUUGCAUGCAACACACUACUCCUUGAAGUACAGUCAUCUAAAGCUCUUUAGUUACUGCAUGGUAAGGCUUCUUAAGUCACAGUGUAUUUUCUUCAAGGCCUUGGCCAAAAACCCCAAAAUCUAGACAAAAAGUUACACUAAUUAACAUUUAUCUCAUAAGGAAUACAACUUUACUAUCAAGUUUUUUAUCUACACACAUUCUAAUACUGCUGAUGGUGCUAGGUUAUUUGUCAAAACAAUUUACAAUCAGAACACAUUGCCUUAGGAAUAAGAAUGCUUUAUAAAAGACAGAAACAGGUAAGCAUGGCUUUCCCAUUUUGAGCUAACAGAAACAAAAAGGUAAUACGCAAAAAUGAAAGGAAAAAAAAACCACCCAGCCCAACACGUACAUUACACAACCUGUGCAAUAAGUUAUCCAUGAAGUAACUUUGUUAAAUCAUAAAAAUCACAAGCAUUAAAAAUAAAUAUGUCUCUAAAUAAAUAUUUUGAUUUUAAUCUUGUGGCAAUUACUCUUUAUUUAGCAUAUGAGACACCUGUUACAUGUGUAUGUUCACACCUUGCCAAAGAGGUUACACUUGUCAUAACAAUACCAAGUACUACAGUGGUUUUCUUUACAUUAGAGUCUAAAAGGUUUAACUGCACGCAUUCCUUUCCACUGAAAUACCAUGUAUUCAGCACCAGUCCUAAGUUUAUGCAAAGCCAUCGGUAUUGGGCCACUUCCUGUGCCUGGGAUAAUUUUUUUAAUACUCGAGGCAGCCAUAACUUCCCCUAUUGUCUUCUCUUUGCCAUUUCCUGCAGUCUCAUUCAUCAAAUACUCACAUUCACCAUGUUAUCAAACAAGACAGACAUACAUACAUCACUCCACAUAGUUUACCAAUAAAUAUGCUUUACAGUUUAUGAGAAAAGAGUUUAGAAGAUGUUGCAAAAUACUUAAAUGUUUUACAAAUAUUUUUGUCAGUAAUUAUUGUCCUUGACCAUCCUUCUCAUCACUUUUUGGCAAAGAAAUAAAAAGGAAGGAGAGAAAAGGCAGAGACACCUGUCUGUUCCUUUAUUCGGAGUCCUCAGGUCAGCUUCAAAGCCUUUCAUUCAUACAAAAUACAAAAUUCUCUUCAGCUGUGAGGGCUUCAGCUCUGAUGGAAUCAUUUAGUUAGUUUGCUGCAAGAGAGUUGCGUGCUAGAUGUAUAGGGGUGUCUCUUGC